GUUAUCCGGCCGUCCUGGCAGUUCGGCCCUUGUCCUCCAGAGGCUUCGCUUCAGAACCCAUUUCGCUGUCGAAUCUCAAACGUGGAACAGGCGGCCGUUGCUCAUUUAAUGGCAUCAUUGCUACCGUCUUUGGCGCCUCCGGCUACCUCGGCAGGCACGUUGUCAAUCAACUCGGUAGGAUGGGGGCCCAAGUCAUCGUUCCAUAUCGAGGAGACCCGUAUUUUGUCCGUGAUCUCAAGGUCAUGGGCGACCUGGGUCAAGUGCUUUUUUGUCAAGUUAAUGUGGAGGGCGCGGCACGCAUCGCUCGUCUCUCCAAGGAGAUGGGCAUUGAGCGUUUUGUGCACGUCUCGGCCCUCACACAGAACCCAAAACCGCCAAAGUAUGUGUGGAGACCCUCGGAGUUUCUUCGCACGAAGGCAGUCGGGGAGAAGGAAGUUCGGAGGGAGCGGCCUGAUGCCAUCAUUUUCCGACCCUCUGAUAUGUGGGGCAACAAUGACACUUUUCUGUGUUACUACGCUGCACGAGGUAAGCCUAUUGAUCCCCUCUGCUGUGCUGCUUCAAAUUUCUAG